AUGAUGAGUGAAGCAUCUUCCAACCCAUCUGAUCCUGCCAAUCAUAAUAAUAAUAAUAUUAUCGCCAAUAACAGUCAUCGCAACAACAACAACAACGACAACGACAACAACAAACACGAUCCAAAUGAAGGGUCCAAUGGUGAUACUACUACUAAUAUUGAUAACGUCAACAGCAAUGAUAUGACACGGUCGAAUAAUACCACCAUCAUCAAUAAUGGCAAUGGCGCGAUGCAAUCCAAUCCUUCACGUUCGUUGUCACAGGCAGACCAUAAUAGGAUGUCAGCAACCACAAACGCCAUAACAACGACGACGACGCCCAUUAUUGGGAAUCCGCUUGAGGCUGCUACUGCUACUGAUGCUGAUACUGAUACCUCAUCGCAAACCAAUGGCAAUAGGAAUCAACAACAUCACCAUCAUCAUCAAAAUGGUGUUAUGCAAUCAUCAUCCUCCGUAGCAAACGCAGCAACAACCGAGCCAUCAAGUCAUCCAAAUAACAACAAAAACAACAACAACAACAACAACAACAACAACAACAACACUACGAAUGCCAGUCAGGAUGUUCCAGUGCCGAAUCCACUGCUUGAUGGGACGACUACCAAGUCAUCCAUGGGAACUGGACAACAACAAGAAGAAGAUGGUGAUGA